AUGCUGAACGCUCCCGCGGGGGAGCCGAGGGCGCCUGUGCCGGCGAAUGCGGCUGUUGACGAGGUGCCGGUUGCCAUCGAGAUCCGCGUGCCUGGGCUGGCUGUGCGGGCUUGGGCUCUAGUGCCGCAGGUCGUGCCAGCCGGCGCUCCAGUGCCGCCGGCCGCGGUGGGCUGGCCCCAGUGGGCAGCCGCAGAUGUGGACAUGGCCCCGGCUCCUCCAGACCUGGGCGACGGCGGCCUGCAGGAGGAGAUCGAGGCGCUGCUGCUUUCGCUCGGCUACAGCGGGCGCAAGGUUGACGUGAUGGAGGUGUCCUGCCCGAACCAGCUCGUGGGCUUUGCGCCGCUCGUCGGGCUGAUCCACGGUGGCUCGUUCGACGUCGGGGUCGGCUGGGACUUGUCCGACCGCCGCCAGCAGCGGCGGCAGUGUCGCGAGCUAGUCGAGCACUACCAGCCGUACUUUCUCCUGGGCAGCCCUAGCUGCGCGCCGUUCUCCAUGCUGAAGUACCUGAAUGAGGGUUCCGCGAAGCAGCGCCGGGCCUCUGCCAUCGGGUGCGAGCACAUGAGGUUUGCGGCGGAGCUGCGCGCGCUGCAGGUCGUGAAUGGCCGCGCGUUCCUUCGCGAGCGCCCCUGGGGCGCCGACAGCUGGGUCCCAGAUGUCGUGGAGAACGUGAUGGCCCUCCCCGGGAUUGGCCCUCGGCGCGAGCGCUCCACCUUCGUCGGCCUUGACAUGCGCGUGGCGGAGAGGUGCUCGACGAAGGUCCUCCGAGCCAUGCUGCGCGGUGUCCGCCAGCACCUCUCGAACAAGAAGGCGUUCGCUUCAUCGGCCCUCGAUGCGGGGCCGAACUUGGGCGACGAGGAGAUCGGCUUGAAGUUCUAUGGCGACCUCGCGGGGGUGCCGCUGGGCGCCGAGAAGGUCGAGGCGCCGAGGCGAUCGGAGAUGGACUUCAUGGCCCAGCUCGGCGUGUGGACCUACGCGAGUGUCGAGGACUGCUGCCGUGAGCUCGGCCGCAAGCCUCUCAGUGUGCGCUGGGUUGACAUCGACGAGGGUGACUCCAGCCGGCCUGACUACAGGUCGCGUCUCGUCGCCCAGAAGACUAUGGCGCAGAGCGCCAUCGCUGGGGGCGACGUCGGUGCAGUGUUCGCAGCGACGCCCCCGCUGGAGUGCCUCCGGCUCGUGUGUAGUUUGGUGAUGUCGAGCGACCUGGCCGAGGGUCGCGUCCUGCGCUCCUUGGAUAUCUCGCGGGCUCACCCGCGCUGCGAGAUCAAGGACUUCCAGCUGGCGACCUCCGAGACAGUCGUCGGCCCCCCGUGCGUGUAUUACCGCGUGGACAAGCUGGUGGGCUUCUUCCACCGCGGCGACGACUUCGUGCCCGAGGGCCCCCGCAAGGAUGCGGAGGCGAUCCGUGAGGUGCCGAGUAAGAAGUUCAUCGUGAAGGAUCGUGGCGUGCUCAGGCCAGCGCCGACCGAUCUGAAGGAGAUCGCGCGUCUCGACAGGGUCAUGCGCUGGCGAGACCGGUGGAGUCAGGGAGGCGAGGCCAUCGAGUGCGAGGCGGACCCCAGGCGCGCGCAGAUCCUCCAUGCGCAGCUUGGGAUGACGUCGGACACGAGGUCAUUGAGCACGCCCGGCGUGAGCCAGAAGCUGGCGCCCGAGGUCGAGCGUGAGCUGCCCGAGUCCGAGGCGGCCGAGUACCGCAGUGCGUGCAUGAGGCUUGGCUAUCUCGCGCUCGACCGCCAAGGGCUGCAGUUCGCCGCGAAGGAACUGCUGAAGCGUGCUGGGCGCUUCCGCGUGGGAGCGCCGCGCGCUGUGUGGAGGUGGGGCCGCCAGAGGGGGCCAGCCUUCCUGGACAGCUACUCGGACACGGAUUGGGCUGGCUGCCCGAUCACUGGGAGGAACACCAGCUCGGUCGUGAUCAAGCACGGCCAGCGCCUGAUCGUGACGGCCUCGACGAUGCAGAUCCCGAUCGCUAUGAGCUCAGGCGAGGCGAAGUUCAACGGCUGUGUGCGUGCGGCCAGCAGGGCCAUCGGCGUGCAGGCUCUGAGUCGGGGCUUCGGUCGUGAGAUGGGCCUUCGUGUAUGGAGUGAUUCGGCCGCGGCCCUCGGCAUCAUGCAGUCCCGAGGCUGCGGCCAGGCUCGUCACCUGGGGACGCCGACGCUGUGGGUCCAGCGGGCCCUCCGCGACGGCCGUUUUCAGCUUGCCAAGGUCCCGGGCAAAGCCAAUCCCGCGGACCUGGGCACCAAGUGCCUAGAUCAGGCAGCGAUGCUGCGAGCCUUGAGCAUGAUGAGUGUUGAGCUCUCGGAUGCGCCCCUCUCGAUUGCCCUCCGGGCGAAGUUCUUCAGCCUCCACGCCAUCUUUUGCCUUGGAAGGGCUACGGCCGGUGGCGAUGGUUAG